UGCCAUCCUUACCUUUAAAGCUUUAACCUUUUGACAUAUCCAUCCAUCUCUUUUUGUUCUUUCUUUUUUCAGUCUCUAAAAAGAUGGGCAGCCUUCAAAUUUGGCACAGAAACAAACACCUUUCAAUUCCCUUCCUCUUCUUCCUCUCUGUUUUCCUCUUCAUUCAUCUUACAUCCAUAGCUGAAGGCAGAGGUUUCCAGACGCCAUUAAUGGAGGACAGGAAGGUGGAGGAACAGCCCAGCACGGCGGAGCUGGUGAGGAUGAGGAGGAGUCAGAUAGGGUCACAGCCGCCAAGCUGCCGGAGAAGGUGCAGGGAAUGCGGCGGACCUUGUGAGGCAGUUCAAGUACCAGUAGCAGUGCAUGAUUCAUCACAUGAGAAACAGAGGAGAAGAACAAGAAGAAGAAUAAGAAGCCAUUUCUCUAGUGAAGCUUCUUCUUCUUCUAAACAUAAUAAGGUGGCUCUGUCUAGUGAAGAUGAAACCUCAAAUUACAAACCCAUAAGCUGGAAAUGCAAAUGUGGGAAUUUCAUCUUCAACCCAUGAUUUUGCUGUUCUUUCAAUUCUUUUUCAUUCAAUAAAAAUACCAACUUGUAAAGAUCAAAGAUCUGGAAAUCAUCCAUUGUUCUUGAGUUUCUGUGUUUUUCAAGGCAAUUAGGCAAAGGGAUGUCAGGUGGGUGAAAAGUACAGAGAUUUGGUGAUUUGUAAAGGGAGAAGAGAAAUGUAAUGAGAUAUUUGAAAGUUUUAGAAGAGAGAGAAAGGGAGAAUUAUUAUGGUGAGAUUAAGAGAGAGAAAAUGAGGUGGAAGUGUCAUAGUGUCUGUCAGGUAGAAUUCAGACAUUUCUGUUCUUCUUCCUGGUUUUCGUAUAAUAUAAUAUUUCUGAAUCUGGAAAAAUCUCCAUGGCUACAGAACAGAGUAACCUCAAUAAACUCAAUUCAUCUCUCCCUCCUCUUCCCUAAAAAUGCUAUAGACCGAGGGUGGGACAAGACCUCUUACAACGGAAAAGAAAGUCAAGUGGACUCCCGACUCUUCGCCCGCAGUAAGGAAGGAAGGAGACAUUGGAAAGACUAGACCAUAGACCUCUUAUACCGGAAAAGAAAGUCAAGUGGACUCCCCACUCUUCGCCCGCAGUAAGAAAGGAAGGAGGCAUUUGAAAGACUAGACCAUAGACCUCUUAUGCCGAAAAAGAAAGUCAAGUAAGAAAGGAAGGAGGCAUUAGAAAGACUAGACCAUAGGACCUUUUAUGCCUCUCAUGCCAGAAAAGAAAGUCAAGUGGACUCCUCACUCUUCACCAGCAGUAAGAAACUAAAAUUGAGGCAGCCGACCACCACCAAAAAUAAAGAAGAGAUGAAAUUCUAGAUUGAACAGAACCCACCUAAGAUAAUACGCACUAAGAUGAGAGCUAACUAUUGUUGCCUAAUGGGAACUUCGCCCAUAUUCAGGAAACCCGGCUGAAUAGUUUCUUAGUACUAGGAUCAACUCUUCCUUCCUUGCCGGGUAG